AUGAGCUCAAAUAAGAAGAGUAGCCUCACCGGCUAUCUCCCCGAUAUCCUCAUGGCAGCUGCUGCACCUCUGAUAGCCUACUUCGUCAUUCGCAACCUCCUCACACGCCUCGACCCUGAGGCUCAACAAAAAGAAGAAGCCCGCGCCAAAGCCUCUGCUGCGACGCGUAAACUCGACGCCAUCCUUACAAGCAAGCGGCGGAAAAGCUAUGGCGAGUACGAUAGCGAAGACGACGACACAGAAUCCAGGCCCAGACGGCCGAGGAUACAGGACCUCAACCUGAGCACCUACGAACAGACGAUUGCCAUGGAGGUUGUUGCGCCUGAAGAGAUUCCCGUGAGCUUCGAGGAUAUCGGUGGCCUCGACUCGAUAAUCGACGAACUCAAGGAAUCCGUCAUCUACCCCCUUACCAUGCCCCACCUCUACUCGCACUCUUCCUCGCUCCUCAGCGCACCCAGCGGCGUCCUCCUCUACGGUCCUCCCGGUUGCGGAAAGACUAUGCUUGCAAAAGCCCUCGCACACGAAUCGGGCGCCUGCUUCAUCAACCUGCACAUCUCGACUCUGACAGAAAAGUGGUACGGCGACAGCAACAAGCUCGUUAACGCGGUAUUCAGUCUGGCAAGGAAACUGCAACCAAGCAUCGUCUUCAUCGACGAGAUUGACGCAGUUCUCGGACAGAGGAGGAGCGGUGAACACGAAGCCAGCGGCAUGGUCAAGGCCGAAUUCAUGACCCACUGGGAUGGCCUCGCCUCCAGCACCUCCUCCGGCACAUCGACUCCCCAGCGGAUAUGCAUUCUCGGCGCCACAAACCGCAUCCAAGACAUUGACGAAGCCAUCCUCCGUCGCAUGCCCAAGAAGUUCCCCGUUGCCCUCCCUUCAGCUACACAACGCCACAACAUCUUCUCUCUCAUCCUACGCGGCACAAAAAUCGACCAUCAGAACUUUGACUUGAACUACCUGGUUCGUGUUUCGGCUGGAAUGAGCGGUUCCGACAUCAAAGAGGCAUGUAGAGACGCGGCCAUGGGCCCGGUCAGGGAGUACAUCAGGAGGAAGAAGGCAGACGGCACCCUGAGGAGCAGUAAAGGAAUGGCCCAGGGCGAUGUACGUGGACUGCGUACAGAAGACUUCUUUGGUCGCGGAAAGGGCCUGCGAGAAAUGGAGUCCGUUGACGAUACACGCGAGGAGAUGAACGCACGCGUACGCAGCACAGUGCACACUACAUCUGAGGAGUCCGUGUCCGAGGAAGCGAGCAGCAGCGAAAGCACAGCAAGCGGCGAGGACAGGUUCCGCGAUUCGGCAUACCAAGGCGCGGCCAACGAAGAGGCAAUCGUGCGGUAA